CACAUUGCUUCACCUAAUGGUAUGGGAAGCUGAGACAGUCUAGCGUUUUGCCCACAAAGAAGAAAAUGUAUUUGGAGGAACAGCCAGCAAUGUCUUUCUGUUCUCUGGAAGAACUUGUAUAAGAUAAGAAAUGCUAGCAUCAUGGGUUUUAUUAACCACCUAACCUAUUUUCUGGCUGCUGGUGCCGUUAGUCUGGGAAUUGGUUUCUUUGCUUUGGCAUCUGCUUUGUGGUUCCUGAUUUGCAAACGAAGAGAAAUAUUUCAAAGUUCCAAAGUUAAAUCAAUUGAUGAAAAGCUGGUGCAAGGAUCAUCCAAAUCGAAGAUUAAAUCUCAUUCUCAGUGUGUUUUCAUUUCCCGAAACUUUCAUGCUGGCCAAUCUCAACGACAGGUGGAGCAAAAAGAAAGGGAAGCAGCACAAAUAAGAGCAAUCAACUCUAAAGGUGAAUUCUGCCUUCGGGAUCCUCUUGGCCAUGAGUCCCCUGAGAUGACCUCAGUAGCAAAUGGCAGCAGUGUGACACUGAGCUUGUCAACGUCAGUCUCUAGUUCUUAUUGCAGCCAAAGCGUGGAAGCAGCUGAUGACUGGUUUUCUGACGAUUCUCUAGAAACCAAGAAUGCCCCAGAGCCUUUACUUGGGGAAUCUCUAGCAGAAAAGGUGUUUGCAUACCUGUCAACCAUUUCAUUAGAAGAAUGGCCUGGAAACACAAUGAAUUUUGGUGGUGAUGAAAACAAUGGCAGCAUUAAGGAAAUAUUUUCACAAAGAAACACAGAGGCUGGCAUACACAACCUUCAAGAUGAUAUUGAAUGACUAUUUUCUUUUGAAACCUGGUGUACAGUGAAAUCAGGCGACGUUAAAGCUGAAUUAUGAACUCCCAAGUCUCCCAUCGUGUCCCUACUAACCUUGCUUUUCUUGUUCUUUAUCAUAAAGUGGUUCUAUUCCUUA